CACUUCAAAUAUUAAUUCAGUUAUAUAUUGACUUAGACUUGAGGUUGAGAGGACUGUCGAGGGUGUCUAGUCUACAAAAUGAUAGGCAGGCAAUCUGAGUAGUCAUGAUGAUGCAGAGAUAUAAUAUCCAGUUGUUUCAGAUCUAAAUCUUCAAAGUCUAGAAAUAAUGGAGGUGCUUCAAUUGAUAUCUUUAGAUCAAGUCCACCCUCAUGAUCUCAUCUUCUGUGAGAAGCAAGUCAUACAUCUAAACGGCCGUGAAGAAAUCUUUUGCUGUGCGUGCUCGGAAUCGCUAUGGGAUACUAGUUUCUACUAUUGCAGUGAGUGUUAUUUCUUUCUUCAUACUACUUGUUCAGAGUUACCCCCUAUGAUAAAACACCCCUGGCACCAUCAACACCCUCUAAUUCUUCACCCGAAUUCACCAUACGGUCCUACUCGAUCUAUCUGUGAUAUGUGUGAUCUACAAAUUACCAACUUCCUUUACAACUGCUCCGAUUGCCAAUUUGACAUUGAUAUUGAUUGCGCUAUGGUUGCUCGAUGCUUCAUUCAACCUGAACGUCACGAGCAUCAUUUCACUAAGUGGAGUAGGUCAGAUCCAUUUACAUGCGAUUUCUGUGGCACAUAUAGUGAUUGGUCUGAAUACUUUAGAGAACGAGAUUGCUUUCCUAGGAUUUGCACUAAUUGUCAUGUUGUAGUUCACAGUAAAUGUAUGUCACUGCCAUUCACAGUCCAUUUACCACAACAUGAUCACCCCCUCAUCCACAUUUAUUUCAUUCCUGGAAGUCAAUCUGUUGCUUUAAUUUGUGAAAUUUGUCGUCGAGAAGUCAAUAGAAAAUUUGGAUGUUAUUCUUGUCAAAAUUGUCCAUGUUUUGUCCAUGUCAACUGUGCAAUGGACAAUGUACAAAAAGUGGGACAAGAGUUCUUCUGGGGCGAAGGAAUUGAGGGAGCAGAGGACCAAUUACUUGAACAAGAGAUUGAGCAUUUUUGUCAUCCUCAUCAUAAAUUAUUUCUGAUACUACAUCCUGAUAAUGAUCGUGAGAUUGAAACAAAAUGCGAUGGUUGCAUGAAUCUCAUCUCUUUUCCCUUUUACAAGUGUCUAGAAUGUGAUUUUUCUCUCCACGUCAACUGUUCUAAAUUACCAAAACAAAUCAAUCACCCACUUCACAAACAACACCCCCUAACCCUUAUUCUAAGCAAUAACAAAUUCGCUUUUCGUUGUUUGGCUUGCCGGAAAUGGUGUCAUGGCUUCUGCUAUUACUGUCGAACUUGUAGGACUCGGAGUUCCAUAAUUGAUGUCCGAUGUGCUUUAGUCAAUCCUUUUGAAUUCUACCAUGAUAGUCAUAAGCACCUCCUCAGUGUAUUUACUGAAGCCAAUAACUAUUCAAAAUGUACUUCUUGCGGCAAGGAAGACGAUUGCUACUUGCUCCGAUGCAAAGAACAAUGUCCCUUCGCAUUGGACUAUGGAUGUGCCACACUACCACGUACAGUCAAAUAUGAGUACGAUGAUCAUUAUCUUGUCCUCUCAUACCAAGGAGAUGGUAAUUCUAAUCUCCAUGAUGAUUCAAAUGGGUAUCCUUAUUGUGAUAUUUGUCAAAAAGAUAGAGAUCCUGAUCUUUGGUUUUACGGUUGUCCUAAUUAUUUAGAGUGUCCGAAUUAUAUUCAUCCCGAUUGUGUUCAUGGUGACUACCCGUACCUCAAGCUAGGAACCAGUAUCAAGGAUCCCUAUUUGCACGAACACGAGCUCUUUUUCAUCGUAAGGGACAAAGACUUCCUUCCAUGCUUCCUGUGCAGCAAGAAUGAUCAAAAGAUAUCUGUUGAAUGUUACCAGGAAUACUGCAAUCUUAGCGUUCAUUUGGAUUGCUACUAUGAGGACGAUGAUGAUUGCCACUAUGAUGAUGAUGGCGAUCAUGAUGAUGACGAUCAUGAUGAUGAUUGUGCCUUCUUGGAAAACGGUUAUUCUUAAGAUCAGGUGGGAGUCCGUAAAAUACUCGGGAUGACCUCGUAAGGAUCACCCCAUGUAUUGAGGAACUGGUGUCGAUCUUCAAAGAAUUGAGUCAGAAGCAUGGGUGCCGAUAGUCCUUCCGUGAUCCAUUGUGCAAAUUCAUGAGCUAAGUUUUCUUGUAAAUUCGAUAUCAUUUCUAUUGAAAUACUUGUGUACCAAACAUAAUUUCAAUGCAUGGACUAGAGAUUUUUAAUAAA